AUGUCGCUUAAGGAACUGAAAAAAAGAUUAUUUGAACUUAUUGACGGCCCUGUUGCAUUGGGCACUACUACAUCAUCAUCAUUGUCUGCUUUAUCAUCAAGUGACAAAGAUACAAAAUCUUCAUCUUCUGGAUUUGCUUCAUUAUCAACUUAUGUUUCGGUUUCUGAUAAGCAUGCUUUACCAGUAGCAGCUACAAAGCAAAGGAUUGGAGAAGCAGAUGGGAUUGAAGAAGCAGCAGAUGGGGUUGGAGAAGCAAAUGAUAAUUAUUCUACCCACUCAUUAGAUAAUAAAUACAUGAACUUAGGGUCAAAUAAUAAUUUAGCAGCCAGUCCUGAUUGCGUUAAAGAAACAAUUAUCCAGCAUUUGGCCAUAAUAACACAAAAAGAAUUAGGCUAUAACACGUCAAGUAGUGACUGCUCACUUGAUAAUGAUCCAUCUGCUGCAAAAAUUGUUGAACGCGCUGCUUCCAAUAAGCAUGAAGAAAGUGAGUCGAAAUCUGAAACUAGCAGUAGUAGCACUAGUAGUGAUGAAGAUGAUGAGUCUUUUAUUGAAGAUGGAUUACCUGCAAAAGAAGCUGCUGUUAUUUAA